AUGAAUAACAACAGUCUUAAUGGAAGUAUUCCUGGUAGUUUGGUUAAUUUAACUUCCCUGCAAAGCAUGCUUGAUCUUAGCAUGAACAGUCUCAGUGGACCACUGCCAUCGGAACUUAACAGACUAGAGAUGUUGAUGUCUGCAAAUUUCUCACACAAUCAAUUCAGUGGUGCCAUCCCUGUAUCGAUUGCGAGCAUGCAAAGCCUAUCAAUAUUUGAUCUGUCAUACAACUUCCUAGAAGGAUCUGUUCCAAAAGGGAUCCACAAUGCAUCAGCUGAAUGGUUUCUCCACAACAAAGGUCUUUGUGGAGACCUUGUUGGCAUGGCUCCUUGCAAUUUACCCAAUGCGGAUCAUACACGAGAGCAUCAAAAGAUUGUACUAUCAGUCAUUCUUUCUAUGUUCGCUGCUACUAUUUCAGUAGCAACAUGUAUAAUUUUCAUAUUUAUUUGCCGCACGAAGGUAUCAUCAAAAACUGAUGAUGUGAGCAAAAGGGAUGUAUUCUCUGUAUGGGGCUUUGAUGGUAGAAUAGUAUUUCAGGAUAUUAUCAAUGCAACCGACAAUUUUGAUGAGAAACAUUGUAUUGGAGAGGGGUCGUACGGUAGUGUUUAUAAGGCAGAACUUCAAGAUGGACAAGUGGUUGCAGUAAAGAAACUCUAUGCAGGCGACGAAGAGGCACAUGAUGAAGAAAGAUUCCAGCAUGAGAUUGAAAUGUUAACAAAAAUCCGCCAACGCAGCAUCGUCAAGUUGUAUGGCUAUUGUACUCAUCCACAGUGCAGGUUCCUUCUAUGCGAGUUCAUAGAGAGAGGAAAUGUAGCUUCUAUCUUGAGCAACGAAGAACUAGCAAUCCAGUUCAACUGGGAAAGGAGAAUAGCUCUAAUAAGAGAUGUGGCUCAAGCCAUCACUUACCUCCAUCAUGAUGUUCACCCACCCAUAAUUCACAGGGACAUCACAAGCAGAAACAUCUUACUAGAUGCUGACUACAAAGCAUUUGUCUCGGAUUUUGGUAUUGCAAGAAUGUUAAAGCCCGAUUCAUCGAAUUGGAGCGCACUAGCGGGGACCUAUGGCUACAUUGCACCUGAAUGUUCAUACACUUCUCUAGUCACAGAGAAAUGUGAUGUGUAUAGCUUUGGUGUUGUGGUGCUUGAGGUGUUGAUGGGCAAACAUCCAGGAGACAUGCAAAAUUUUCUUUCUUCACUUGGUGACCAGUUGCAUCUGGAACAAAUUUUGGACAAACAACUUCCACAACCUGAAGCUGAGGAGGCAAAAGACUUGAGACGGUGUAUCUCUGUGGCGUUUGAGUGCCUAACUCCUUCACCCAAAGAAAGGCCAACUAUGCAGAAAGCUUAUCGAGAUCUUUCCAUCUGA